CAGAAUUUCAAUGGCGGCCAUUUAUAGUUAAUUUUGGCGACAGUCUCUUGUUGUACUCGAUUUUGGAGAAUUUCAAUUCUGUUGGAUGAAAAUCUCAAUUUAAGCGAAGAGGGAUAAAAGAAGAACACCAGGAUGCCUACUGUUAAAGGUGAUGGCAUGCGAGGACUUGCUGUUUUUAUUUCAGACAUUAGAAAUUGUAAAAGUAAAGAAGCUGAAAUAAAAAGAAUAAACAAAGAAUUGGCAAACAUAAGGUCAAAGUUUAAAGGAGACAAAACUUUGGAUGGCUAUCAGAAAAAAAAAUAUGUGUGUAAAUUACUCUUCAUAUUUCUUUUGGGACAUGACAUAGAUUUUGGUCACAUGGAGGCAGUCAACCUGCUUAGCUCCAAUAAAUAUACUGAAAAACAGAUAGGUUAUCUCUUCAUCUCUGUGCUUGUUGGGGCCAGCAAUGAGCUCAUGAAGCUGGUCAUACAGUCCAUUAAGAAUGAUUUGUCAAGCCGCAAUCCCAUCCACAUUAACUUGGCUCUACACUGCAUGGCCAACAUUGGCAGCCGUGAAAUGGCUGAUUCUGUUGGCUCAGAUAUCCCAAAACUGCUUGUGUCUGGAGACACAAUAGACUCUGUCAAACAAAGCGCAGGUCUGACACUGUUGCGUCUUCUUAGAGCUUCACCAGACAUGAUUCCCAUUGGGGAAUGGACUUCAAGGAUCAUUCAUCUACUGAAUGAUCAACAUAUGGGUGUGGUCACAUCAGCUACAAGCUUGAUAGAAGCUUUGGUCAGAAAAAAUCCUGAGGAAUACAAGGCUUGUGUGUCAUUGGCUGUGUCUAGACUUAGUCGAAUUGUCACAGCCUCCUACACAGACCUGCAGGACUACACAUAUUAUUUUGUCCCUGCCCCCUGGCUUUCUGUCAAACUGCUUAGACUGCUGCAGAAUUAUCCUCCACCAGAGGAUCCAAGUGUUAGAACCCGUCUGACUGAAUGCCUGGAGACCAUAUUAAACAAAGCUCAAGAACCACCCAAGUCUAAGAAAGUGCAACACUCCAAUGCCAAGAAUGCAGUACUUUUUGAGGCCAUCAACCUCAUCAUUCACAUGGACAGUGACCCCAAUCUACUGGUCAGGGCCUGUAACCAACUGGGACAGUUCCUUCAACACAAGGAGACUAACUUGAGAUACCUGGCACUUGAAAGUAUGUGCUUGCUGGCCACUUCAGAGUUUUCUCAUGAAGCUGUUAAAAAACAUCAGGAUACAGUCAUUACAGCACUUAAGACUGAGCGUGAUGUCAGUGUGAGACAAAGAGCUGUUGACCUGCUGUAUGCUAUGUGUGACCGCAGCAAUGCAGAGGAGAUUGUAGGAGAGAUGUUGGAGUAUUUGGAGUCAGCAGAUUAUUCCAUCAGAGAAGAAAUGGUGCUGAAAGUUGCCAUACUGGCUGAGAAGUACGCUGUUGAUUACACCUGGUACGUGGAUGUUAUCCUCAACCUCAUAAGGAUUGCUGGUGACUACGUCAGUGAAGAGGUGUGGUACAGAGUUAUUCAGAUAGUUAUCAACAGAGAUGAUGUCCAAGGUUAUGCUGCCAAGACAGUGUUUGAGGCACUUCAAGCCCCUGCCUGUCAUGAGAACAUGGUUAAAGUGGGCGGAUACAUCCUCGGAGAGUUUGGCAAUUUAAUUGCUGGGGAUCCAAGAUCUAGCCCACUGGUCCAGUUCCAGCUGCUCCACUCUAAGUACCACUUGUGUAGUCCCAACACCCGAGGUCUCCUCUUGUCUACCUACAUCAAGUUCAUCAACCUUUUCCCUGAGAUUAAGCCCAGCAUACAGGAGAUACUGGGCAGUGACAACAACUUGAGGAAUCCAGAUGUUGAGUUACAGCAGAGGUGCAUUGAAUAUCUCCAGCUCAGUACAGUUGCAUCUCCAGAUGUUUUAGCCACAGUGUUGGAGGAAAUGCCCCCCUUCCCAGAGCGUGAGUCUUCAAUAUUAGCCAAAUUAAAGAAGAAGAAGCCAACAUCAGCACCAGAAGGAGGAGAAACUAAAGAAAAAGAACAUCGUAGCAUUCCACAAGCUCAAAUAAACAGUUCUGAAGCUUCGUUUGUUCAGCUCACACCUGCUGCCAGUACAGCCAAUGCUGGAGGAGUGAGUGUGGACUUGCUGGGUCUAGAGACAGCUCCAGCUCCUGCCCCAACAGGUCUCAACUUCCUUGUUGAUGUCUUUGGUGAGCAGCCAGCCACCAAUGGCUUUGAUUCUUCACUUCAUUCCUUAACACCAGGAGCUGAAGAGAACUUUAAAAAAUUUAUUUGCAAGCAUAAUGGGGUACUUUUUGAAAAUGAACUCCUCCAAAUAGGUAUAAAGUCUGAAUAUCGACAAAAUCUUGCUCGUGUGGGCGUGUUUUUUGGCAACAAAACCACAUUCCAGUUCACACAUUUCACAUCAGACCUAGUCUUACCUGGCAACUUGGCUUCUUCCUUGAGUGUACAGCCUAAAGCAGUGGAGCCUAAUGUUGAUGGAGGAGCUCAGGUGCAGCAGCUGUUUAAUAUUGAGUGUACAGCUGAAUUCAGUGAUUCCCCACUGCUCAACAUUAGCUUUACCUACUGUGGAAAAUCCCAGAAAUUGAGCUUAAAGCUACCUGUAAUAAUUAAUAAAUUUUUGGAGGCUGCUGAAAUGAAUGCAGAAGCAUUUUUCACACGCUGGAAAGCAUUGUCACAGCCAGAACAAGAGUGCCAAAAGAUAUUUAAAGCCCAGUACCCUCAAGACACAGAACAAGUCAAACAAAAGAUAUUAGGGUUUGGUCUAAGUAUUCUACAAGGGAUAGAUCCCAAUCCAGACAACUUUGUCUCGUCUGGGAUUCUCCACACAAGGAACCAGCAAGUGGGUUGUUUGGUUCGUCUAGAGCCAAAUAAACAAAUGCAGAUGUAUCGCCUGACCAUUAGAUCGACCAAACCCAGCAUUUCUCAGGCUUUAGGUGGCCUGUUGGAGAGCCAGUUUUAACAGAACACUCGGCCUUUAGUAGUUCCCAUCUUGACUGUAUUCCUCAUUGUGACUAGGCUGUUCUAGAAGAUUGUUGCUACAUGUUCAUGUUAGGCUGCUCAUUAGAUCAUGGUCUGGCUCUAGAUCAACUGUGUUAAUUUUAUUUAUUUCUAUUGGCUUUUUUUGUUUGCAAACUGUCCAGGGCACCAGAUCAGCAGUGUGUCACAGGCUGGUCAUCAGACAUUGCUUGCUCAAUGUGGGCAUCUGACAUUAGUCAGCAGAUUGUUUAUCUGUCAGUUGUCAUGACACUCGGCCAAAUUUAGCCAGAGAUUUUUUCUUUAUGUGCAUCUGAUUUAAUUUCACUUUAGUCCUAGAACUUUUACCCCAUUCUUUCAAGAUUUGCUAAAUUGUUUGUAACUUAGAAUGCAUGCUGGGUUAGUUGGUUUCAGCUAGGACAUUUUAUGAUGGUCCCAGUGGUGACACCAGCCCAGGGUCCCAGUGGUGACACCAGCCCAGGGUCCCAGUGGUGACACCAGCCCAGUGGUGACACCAGCCCAGUGGUGACACCAGCCCAGUGGUGACACCAGCUCAGUGGUGACACCAGCCCAGUGGUGACACCAGCUCAGUGGUGACACCAGCCCAGGGUCCCAGUGGUGACACCAGCUCAGUGGUGACACCAGCUCAGUGGUGACACCAGCUCAGUGGUGACACCAGCCCAGGGUCCCAGUGGUGACACCAGCCCAGUGGUGACACCAGCCCAGUGGUGACACCAGCCCAGGGUCCCAGUGGUGACACAUGUAAGCAGCUGUAGCUAUGUAUCUGGUUUGUGCCCCUAUGACUUGAUGUGGCUGAAUAAGCUGGUGGGUCCAAGGGUGGGUCACUACAAAAUGCUGUGUACAAGAUCAUUCUCCUCAUAUAUACACAUGUGUAUGUAUAUGGUUAUAUUUUGCCUAUAUAAAGCCAUACACACUUUACACACAUACACCCCCACUGCAGAUUGACCCUCACAUACACCCACAGUAUAGACUGAGCCUUCUUGUGAUGUGGCUCUAGUCAUUGUAUCUGGUUGGUGUUUUCAAGUUAUUGACUGGCAUAUGUUGUAGUGGGGCUCCUGUUGACUGGCAUAUGUUGUAGUGGGGCUCCUGUUGACUGGCAUAUGUUGUAGUGGGGCCCCUGUUGACUGGCAUAUGUUGUAGUGGGCUAUAAUGUCCUGUACUAGCCACAUUCCAGUUUUUGUAUAAAUUUUUAGCACCAAUUUACCCCCACCCCCCCACACCACAGGUAGACUGGUGCUUGCAGGACCUUCACACCUUGGCAUAAAUGGACAUAACAGUUUACUUCUUUUAACCUUGAAUAAAUAUAUCAACUUAAUCCUAUUGUUUUAUUAUUACUGUACUAUUGUUUAUAUCAUGAGUAUGUUUUAUUCAAGAUGAAUGUACUUCUACCAACCAAUUUUGGGCUCAUGUUAGCUUAUUUACAAAAUUUAGGCAUUUUUUUUUUUUUUUGCAUCCUAUGUUCUUAAGUUAAACUAAAAUGGUGAUGAGUGCAAGAUGAAGAAUGUUGGAAAUGAUGUGCAAUAACUUGUUGAUGUUUUAUAUGACUUACCUGGCCUUCCCAACAAGUUGUACCUGGAUGGGGAGCAGGCUCAUCUCCCCUAGCUACACACUGAGACAGUCCUCACCCUUUUGUGCUAGAUGUCAUUAGUUUUUUCCUCUGCUCCAGUAUCUAGUUAGUUUUAAACUGGUCUAGCAUGUAUUUAAGGGGAGAAAACUUUUUAUUCUUAGGUCAAUUAGUUAGUAAUGGAUGUCAUGUCACCACCAUGAUCAAAUAAUAAAAUGGCUUUCACCA